AUGAGCCAUAGUAGUACUGACUCCCGUUCCGGCUCACCCGACUUUGAAGCUCAACAAAGACGUCCACUGCGUCGGCAUUUACUCGACGACCCUGACGCGCCUCUUGAUUUUGAAAGACUUGAACGUGCCGACGAUAGCCCUCCGCCGCUCUUUAUGCAAGAUCAGCAAGGCCGGAGACGCUUGAAAUGGGUUCCAUAUCCCCCACGUAAAAUACUUGACGAAUGCGUGAAGUGGGUUAAAAGUCGCCCGGAGUGGGCUAAAGGUCCUGACCCUCCCAAGAUACACAAGAUCAACCCCCUCUUUCCACAGAUACAGCAUGCGCACCUUCGCCUCUUUGAUCGAGUCUUGCCCGAGAAACGACAUCGUCUAUGGCUCCUUUUCGCCUACGUUGGUGCCUGGAUUAUUACCUUUGCCCUUGUGUUUUGGCAAAGUCAGAAUGCUUCCAAGAUUGAAGGGUGGGGAAUGCCUUCCGCUAUUAGCUGUGGCACAUCAUACUGGAACAAGAACGAUGGCUGUGGUCUUGACGGCGUGAACUGCCGGCCCUUUGACAACACAGGCUUUGCUUUCCGGUGUCCUGCAAACUGCGGGAAUUAUCGUGCGCUUAACCCUCGAGCUGUUGGCACCCAGGAAAUUGUUUAUGCGCCUUUGAUUGUUGGCGGCCCCCCUGACCCGUCUAACGACUUGAAUCCGGUGUAUAGAGGUGAUUCAUAUAUAUGUGGCGCUGCUAUUCAUUCCGGUAUCAUUUCCAGCUCGCAAGGUGGCUGUGGUGUUGUGUCGCUCAUUGGCGAGCAACGAGACUACGUUGCGUCGAAGCGUCAUGGUAUAGAGAGCUUUGCCUUUGAUUCCAAUUUUCCCCUCAGCUUCACCUUCCUUCCAGGCAUCGAAUGCGACGCUAAAGAUGUUAGGUGGUCUUUGUUCGCCAUAUCCGUGACCUUCACUGCUGUGCUAUCUCUUUUCACUACAUCCUCCGCCGCCUUCUUCUUCACCACUUUUAUCAUUACUUUCUGGCAGGUUGGCUUGGCCUCCGAUCGACCUCUUAAUGGGGCUUUCGCACCAUUGUUUUCUAACUUGCUGGGUAAAUUCCUUCCGGCCAUGUUUUGCGCCUGGGUUUUCUAUGACAAGAUGGGCGUUCGGCGCAUCCUUAGAGGACUGACCGCUCAAGUUGAGAAAACAAUCUUGUGGCUUGGUGCAUGCUGGACAGGUGCCUUGACAAACUAUACUUUUGACGCCAUCCCUAUCUCGAGAUUGACCGGCCAUGACCUCAACCAGCAGCCAGGCGCCAUAGUUGCUCUGUCAUUCAUUCUUUUUAUCCUGGUCGUUAUCAUCAUUUUCCAAGCAUGGGAUUUUCAACAGGAGGGUCGAUUCAUCCGCUACCUGAAGCUGUAUGCUCUACUCCUCGUUGCCAUCCUCGUUGCACUUCCUUUGCCAGGUCUUGAGUUGCGACUCCACCACUAUAUUCUCGCACUGCUGCUCCUCCCUGGGACCAGCAUACAGACACAUUACUCCCUGGUUUAUCAAGGCCUCUUGGUCGGGUUCUUUGUCAAUGGAAUCGCCCGCUGGGGAUUUGAUCCCGUGCUUCAAACGCAAGCAGCGUUGCUGGGAGAUGGCCAGCUUGGUUCUGCGUUGCCUACUCUUCUACCUCCAAUCAUCAACGACUCUCCCGCAUCAAUCACUUUCAAAUGGGAGACUCCAUCCAGUCCAGACUAUAUGGGCAUCAGCAUCCUAGUAAAUGAUGUAGAAAGGUUCAGAGGUUACUUUGGCGAAAAGGGUUCUGAUGAGUUCGUAUGGACCCGUGAUAACAGCUCUGCUCUGAACGAAUAUUUCAGGUUUGCUUAUGUACUGAACACUUCGACUGGAGAUUUCACUAAGGCCGGCACGUGGAAUGCGGCAUUGGACUGGGUUGAAAUGAAACCUGGGCCUUCCAGAGUCAAAGGGCGGAGUCUCGUUCAUGAUGAUGAUGACGAGCGAGUUAAUAGUGCUUUAUGUAAGCGUCUGAAGUUCUAA